CUGCUGGGAAGAAAUGGUUUCUGUAUCUUUUUCUUUCUUGAAGCCUGCGUCCUUUGCGUGAAGUGAUGUCAAUAAUUGUGUGUCAUUAAAUAUGUGGAUCUCGGCGACCACCAUACGCAGGAGGCACCAGACGGAAUGGAGUAUCCACCACCACAUGUGCACGAGAUGGCAUAUGAACAAGGUGCCACAGAUAACGAAGGUUCGGUGAUGCUGCAAUGGGAGGAGGUGCCGACUUAUCAAGACACGGACUUAGACGAUGGCGAGGAGGAAGACGAUUAUUUGGAGGAGUACGAGCCUGCUACUGGUCUGGAAAUCCUGCGCAACCUGAUGGCUGCCUUCGGCUUCCCUACGCCCCACUACCGCCGCAAGAGAUGGCCCCACAAUUGCAGACUGCAUUUUUUGCCCGAGAGUACGCCCAUUAACGAAGAUGAUGAAGACUUUAACAGAUACAGUCCCAUUCUCUGUACAGUACACCGCCUCAUAAACUGGUUAAAGCGCCGAUGCUGAAGAAACCAUGUGAGUUUCCACGUGACGUGUGUCUAUCCACCAUAGAGAUGAAAGUACGUCCAGAGUGAACAUUUCUGUAAAUGAAUCUAAAUUAAAGUCUA